GUGCCCCCAUAUUAUUCAGAGUCCAAGUUUUCCUUUGUCACCCUCCAUUCUCAAUCUCUUUCUCCAGGCCGAUAGAAACCAUGGCUGAGCUGAUCCUCGGAGCAUCGUGGAUUCCAUCACCGAAUAUCUCAUUUCCCUCAUUGCCCAGGAGAUUGGGUUAGCAUGCGGUGUCAAAUGCGAGCUCGAGAAACUCCAGGGCACUGUCACUGCUAUUGCUGCUCUGCUUCGUGAUGCUAAAAAGGGACGGAUCGAGGCUGAGGUCGUGAAAGACUGGCUUCAGAAGCUGAAAGUUGUGGUUUACGAUGCUGACGAUCUGUUGGAUGACUUCUCCAUUGAAGCCCUCCGUCGUCGGAGAGUGGUGGGAGGAGUUAAGCGAGUUCUGAAUGAGUUUCCCAGAAAACCAGUAGAAGGUCUCAACAAAGAGACGGUCGGAGGAUAUACGCCCAAGGAUUGCGAUUUUUGAUAUGUUCAAUUGAUCUCCUGGCUCGGCGAAGAAGCAAGAGGUCAUCGUCGGGGCGUGUGCGCAGAGGAAGGGAGAGAAAUCAGUGGUGAUGGGUGGUAUCUGGGAGAUACUGAAACGAACCCUUCAGCCGCAAUGGGCAUUUUGCUUCAGGACGCUCCCGAAGAUGGAUUACUUCAUCGACAUUGUCCCCGCCAUUCCGUUCGUAAUUUUAAGCAUCGAACCUGAGAUGCUGUAUGUUGCGGUGAUCUACGGCUUGGUUGUUCGUGCUCUCGAUGCUGUAGAAGAUGAGAUGGGAUUGUCUUCAGAAGUAAAAAUACCGAUCCUCAAAAAUUUCCACGAACACAUCUUCGACCGUGACUGGCACUUCCCCAGUGGUUCAUCAUCAAAUUGCAGAGUCCUCAUGGAUCGAUUCCAUCUCGUCCGGAAAGCCUUAUUGGAGCUCAAUAAAAGUCAUCAAGAGGAAAUCAAGGAUGUUAUUAAAAGAACGGGAGCAGGAAUGGCGAAAUUUGUAGACAAGGAGAUUGAGACAAUGGAUGAGUUGAAUGAGUAUGGCCAGUAUAUUGUUGGAUCUAUGACGGCUGCUGCCUUCACAAUGUUUCCCCCCUCCAGAUUAAAGGACUUAGAUUCGGAAUAUAAUCUGAUCGCCAACUCCAUUGGCUCAUUUUUGCAGAUAGUGGAUGCUAUUUGUGACUAUCUUGAAGACAUAGAUGCCAUUCCUGGGCCACGUAAGCUUUGGCCCCGAGAGAUUUGGAGCAAGUACGUGAAUGAACUGGAGGACUUAAAGUGCGAAGAGAACUCUGUCGAGGCAGUUCAAUGCCUUAACGAGAUGGUCAUGAGCAGUCUUGUCCAUGUGGAGAAUUGCUUCAAGUACUUGUCAGCUUUGGAAUAUAAUCCUGCCAUGUUUCGGAUUUGCGCAGUCCUUCUGGUCAAGGAAUUUGGAACAUUGGCGUUAAGCUACAACAACAUUGAUGUCUUCAAAGUCAAAGUGAAACUGAGACUGGGUCUUAGAUUGAAGAUCUUCAAGAGAACGAGAGCAAUGUCUGACGUAUAUGGUGCCUUCUUCGAGUUCUGCAGCUUGAUGAAGUCUAAGGUAGAUAAAGAUGACCCAAGUGCGAUGGAAACACUGAGAAGACUUGAUGCCAUACAGAACAUCUGCAUAAACUCAGGAAUGUUAAAUUACAGGAAUUUUUAUAUCAUGAGAAGUUUGGAAGGCUAUAAUCCGGCUCUGAUUGCGGGGCUGUCCGUGCUUCUGACAGUGCUUGCUGGUUUAUCCGCUCAUCAUCUUAUUGUCUGAAAUCUUCAAAGAGAGGUCACAUCAAGGCUUAAUAUGUCUCGAGUGAAUAAAGGGAUACGAGAAAUGUUGCUGAUGAUAAUCGAAUGCAGAACUGUAUGACUUCCAACUCACGGCUGCGCCAGCUCCUUCUCAUCCUAUAUGCUAAUUUAUGUAAAAUGAUUCGCAAGACAAAUUAGUGACUUGCAUGAAUUUGGAAUUGAUGCGCUAUUUACCUUUUCUGUACUAAAAGUUUUGCAAAACUGAAACAUGUACACUGCUCCCAUUAAUCUACCCUACAAUAUAAAGUGGGAGGCUAAUCGCCAACGUGGUUUGGUUUCA